AUGAGUGACCUAGACAAGGCCAUUUCGGAACUCCGCGCCUGCAAAAUCAUCCCCGAACCCCAAGUCCGCGAGAUUUGCCACAAAGCACGCGAGCUGCUGAUCGAAGAAGCCAACGUUGUCCAGGUCGACGCACCUGUCACGAUAUGCGGAGAUAUACACGGACAGUUCCAUGACCUGAUGGAACUGUUCAGGGUAGGAGGAGAUGUGCCAGACACCAACUACCUUUUCAUGGGGGACUUCGUGGACCGGGGCUUCUACUCGCUCGAGAGUUUCCUGCUAUUACUAUGUCUCAAGGUCAGAUAUCCGGAUCGGAUAACGCUGAUAAGAGGGAACCACGAAUCACGGCAGAUCACGACUGUAUAUGGAUUCUAUGAUGAAUGUCUACGGAAGUAUGGGAGUGCGAAUGUAUGGAGAUAUUGCUGUGAGGUGUUCGAUUAUCUGGCUUUAGGGGCGCUGGUACUAGGUACGAGUUCAACACUGGAGCCAUCAUUUACGGACAAGUCACAAGCAAUUGAGCCGGUGGACGAUGAUGUGGAGAUUGAGAUCAUGAACUCCAGGAACGAGGUGACGGCAAGAUUUCCCAGGAGCAGACGACGCUUGUUCGAAAGUGAUGGUCUCAACUCCUCUCCUCCUGGAACGCCUUCGAAGACAGGCCCUUCAGGUACUGGAGCUACCAGUGACAGUGGAGGCUCGCAUCAUAGUGGAGGAGCAGUGCUUUGCGUGCACGGGGGGCUCAGCCCAUUGAUCGAUAGCGUCGACAAGAUAAGGCUUUUGGAUCGAAAGCAAGAAGUCCCCCAUGAAGGUGCCAUGUGCGAUCUUCUAUGGAGUGAUCCGGAUGAGAUCGAUAGUUGGGGCCUCUCGCCACGAGGGGCAGGCUUUCUCUUCGGACCAGAGAUCGUCAAGCGCUUCAACCAUCUAAACGACCUCUCCUUGAUAGCAAGAGCACAUCAACUCGUAAUGGAAGGAUUCAAAGAGAUGUUUGAUUCAAGUAUAGUUACAGUCUGGUCAGCACCAAAUUACUGCUAUCGUUGUGGCAAUGUUGCGGCAAUCCUGGAGCUGGGCGAGGAUACAAGCAACGGCGGAGUCAUUGCGAGGAGUAAUGGUGACGCCGGAAGGAGUGCUCAGGCGUUCAUGCCCAAUCUAGCACCUAGGUCAGGUCCUGGAAGAAGGUAUAGAGUCUUCGAAGCUGCUCCGCAGGAUCCAAGGGGAAUGCCGGCAAAAAAGCCCGUGGCUGACUACUUCCUGUGA